CAGCUGGGCAAGGAAGACAAUCUCCUGUCCGGAGAUCUCCAAACGCGUCAAUACUGCAUCUCCCACCAAACACAAAAUUCUUUGCUCUUGCUUCGCGUCAACGGAUUUCUCUCGCCAAUACUCGUAUUGACUUGGCUCCGAUUCCUCUACUUCUUCUAUGUGAAGGGAUGGCAAGUGGGUUCGGGGAAUCAACGAGCAGGCCAUCCCAAGGGCCUUCUUACUCCAGCAGCAACAAUAACAACAGUGAUGCUGGUAAUUUUGAAUGCAAUAUCUGCCUCGACUUGGCCCAAGACCCCAUUGUCACCCUAUGUGGCCAUCUCUUCUGCUGGCCUUGCCUUUACAAAUGGCUCCACAUUCACUCCCACUCUCAGGAAUGCCCUGUUUGCAAAGCCCUCAUAAAGGAGGAGAAUUUGGUGCCCUUAUAUGGUAGGGGAAAGACAUCAACUGACCCAAGAUCGAAGGCAAUACCUGGUAUUAAUAUCCCAAACCGUCCAGCAGGACAAAGACCUGAAACAGCUCCUCCACCAGAACCAAACCAUUUUCCCCCGCGUGGGUUUGGAUUCAUGGGAGGCUUGGGGGGUUUGGGAGGUUUUGCACCCAUUGCAACCACAAGGUUUGGGAAUUUCACCUUUUCGGCGGCUUUUGGUGGCCUUAUCCCAUCUCUCUUAAAUUUUCAGCUACAUGGGUUUCCUGAUGCUGCAAUGUAUGGUGCAACUGCUGGAUUUCCUCAUGGGUUCUCAAAUUCAUUUCCUGGCGGCCAUCCACAUAGAUACCAUAUUCACAGGAGGGCUACAGGUCAAGGACAACAAGAUUAUUUCCUGAAGAUGUUGUUUUUAUUUGUUGUAGUUUGUGUACUUGUGGCUCUUAUGUGGCAGUAGAUUGAAUAUGCUAUCAAUUUCAAUUUGCUAAGUUGCUAACUGAUGUUUAGGGAGUGGGCAACCUCGUGGUUUUGUAUAUCUGCUAGUUUAUCUUUGUUUUUCUGAUCAGGGGAAGUGUUCAUAUUUUACUAUUACCAGUCAUGUUGUAGAGUUUUUUACGUGUCACUGUCAUCAGAAUGGCAAUUGUGGUUUACUUGACAUGAUAGUUAUGGUUUGUUUGACAUGAUAAUUUUGGUUUGCUGGAUUAUUAGCGAACUUCACAUGCAAUGUAUGACAUUACUUUGUAUUCUUGAAUGGUAUGAAGUUCUCCUAAA